AUGCUGCCAAGCCAAACCACGAUCAUCCAAUAUGUAAUUUCAACUAUAGUGUACAAGGUGCAGAUUUUUACUCUUGAGGAUCUAUUCGGCAUAAAGAUGGAGCUGGGCUAUUUCGGAAAGGCUUUGGAAUUGCCAACUGUGUCGAAAGAAAAGAAAAAAAUACUCUUCAUAGAAAUACUAAAAAUCUUAGGGCUGGCUUUCGCAGUGCAAAAUGUCCUAUUAUGUGCAGGGAAGGCGAUAGAAAAAUCAGGCAACUUUAUAACUAACUAUUUUGGCGAAAUAUUCCAAGGAAGUGUCAUAUCCAUGGCUCUCAAGGAGUAUGUGUACUACUUUAAGUUAUUCUGCGCCUUUCUUCCGAUUGUCAUGGUGCUCUACUACACGGUUAUGUACACAAUUGAAAACAUGAAUAGAGCACGCACUAGAAAGAUGGCAGCAGCUUUUAUCUCAAUGGGCGCAGGAGUCCUGGUUAGUUUUCUGAUGAUAGGCAACUAUCUGAUUCUGCACAGCGACCAAAUAAGAAAUAUCUCGAUGGCUAUCUUUGGAAAGACUCCCAGUCUGAUAAUCCUGAACUUCCUAAUUUUCUAUAUAUACUCCAUUGCAGAGAGCAUUUGUCUUGCGCGCAAUAUGAGCAAAAGAGAAGAAAAAAUCAGAAGAAACAAAAGAUCAUUGGUAAUGGAGGGCAUAUACCUCUUUAUACUUGCACUCUCUAUGUCUAUAGCCACCGUCUAUGUGGGAAUGUCUGUGGGCAUACUGCUAAGCCUAUUCAGAUCGCUUACGAAGAAAGUAAGCAAGCAUGGAGUCGACAAAACAGGGACUAUUAUAAGCUGA